AAAUUAUAAAUCCAAAGUGACACUUUCCAGUAUUGAAGAUAUCCUUCGUAAAUAACAACGUUUCUUUUACUUGAAGAGAGUUAAAAGCCCUCAACAUGAAGAUUCCUUACCUUGUGAAUAUGAAUACGUACGUGGCGUACUCCACACCCAAGACUAUGAAAAACUCCAUCGCGGAGGCGUCCCGCAAAAUCGUAGCUGAAGACUUCGAGUGGGAUACCGGUAUCACUCCUGCACCACUAACCUACUACGCAGCUAUUGUUUUAUCCAAAAUGUUCGAUAAAGUCAACCCUCUAGAGAAAAUCCUUCAAAAGGACAUCGAUAUAUUGAUGGAUCUGUACCCGGCGGACAUUCCAUUGAAGUUCAGCGUACCUUACAUAAAGGAUGAGCAAUAUUGGAAGAGAUCAUUCUAUUCAAAAUUUCCAUCGAGAAAAGAGAUGGGGACAAUAUUUUGGAAAGGCAAAUUCCUGUCAGCUUGUUUGCAAGACUAUUUAGAGUCUGUUAAUCCUGACGUCUUUAGAGAAGAUGAUGCUGUCGAACUUGCUACACUGGUUAGUCCAUACAUUUACUUCUUGGGACUUAAUCAACUACAAAUGGUGCGUCAACCAAAGCCGCCCUUACCUUCUGACGCGGUGGAAGAUACGUGUCCUUACAGCGUUCCCAAAGUGUACGACCAUAUCCCGAUGGAGCCGGUGCUGGUCAAAUUAUAUAACUUACGAGAAAUAUCCUUAGUAUUCGGGAUAAACGACUUACAAGAUAAUUAUCUGACAAGGUACUUUGAAUUUUCGCUAGCUGAUUGCGAAUCCCUCUGCCGUGGACUACAAGAUUUGAGACACCUUCGAAUAUUCCGUAUCAAUCGCAGCAAUUUAGACUGUUCCAAAGUAAAAUUGAUCCUUCAAAAUCUUGUCAAGAAGGAAAGCAUUGAAGAACUGGAUUUUAAUCAUUGUAAGAUUGGUGAUUACGGAAUGAAGGCACUCGGUGGUUUUAUAUUCAUUCAUAAAAACGUGAAAGUAGUGAGGAUUGCUAACAACAGAUUCAAGGAAGAAGGCAUUCAAGGUAUCGCUUAUGCCUUGCAGAUGAAGCCAGCUGCACCUAUCGAGCUUCUAGAUUUCAGCUUGAACCCCAUGUCUCUAGAAUGUGCGACCAUGUUCGCGGCAGCCUUUGUCAGAUGCAAGGAAAAACCACAAACUUUAAUCGUUAAUUCUUGCGGUUUCAGCGGAGCUUCGGCUGAGAAGAUGGCGGGCCUUCUCAGCUUAAACCGUGGCCUUACGAGGUUGGAUAUGGCUGCAAACGAUUUGUCUGGCGAUGCCGAGGCGACACUUGUCCGUGCUGUUGAACGAAACAGGAAAAUUCUCAGAAUAGAUCUGCGGAGAACUAAAAUCUCAGAAGCGUCUCAAGCUAAGAUUGAAGAACUGCUUCAUCGCAACAAGAACUUGGUAGGCCAAGAUAUAGAGCCAAGUGAUGACAUUCCACCACUUUACCUCAACGAGCCUGAGUAUCUCAUUUGGGAGUACAAUCCGAACAAUCCCGAUUAUAUUCCCGGGAGAUAUCCUUCGAGAGUGCCCGAAGUUUAGAUUUAUAUGGACGACGUAUGCAAGUCACUUAAAAAGUAUUAUAAAAGUAGUUUUUAUUUUAUUUGUAUUUUUUACAUUGUACAGUUUUAUUUUUCUUUUUAUUCUUGAAGCAUUAGACGUGAUUAUGCGAUUGUAGUAUUAUUCUGUACAUUCUGUAGUAGUUCCUUUUUGAUAUUUUUUUACUCGUUUUCUUUUAGAAGAGCUGGUUAUACAAUCUUUCUGGUGCAUUCAUUUAAUGAUGUGCUGUAAUAGUGUUUUUAUCAAGAUGUUUGCUGCUGUAAUUAAUCAUUUUUUGGUUUGCAUUAUUAAAAUUGCUUUGGUUAAUUCAUUAAAAAAUGGUGCUCAUUCAUUCUGAGUUGUUUUAAAAGCAAACAUAGUUAUUAUGUAGAUGCUCACAGAACACAUCUAUCAUAAUUCGAAUAAUUUACAUUUUAAGUUAUUAUUUUUUAAAUUAUCUGUAAUUACUUUAAUGAGAACUUGACCCUGUUUGACCUUGUUUGAACUGAAGUCCGGCCUCUUUAUCAAAUAUUUGAUAAACUUUUAUAUUCGUCAUACCACAAA